CGGGAGGAAUGCACGAGCGUUGAGCGCUGAGAAUUCACCAGAGGCCGGUUCGGAAAGGAGCGAUGAAGCCGCGCUCCAGAACUAGCGUUGCCUAGUUGUGACUCUGCGUUCUCGCUCUUCUUGUCUUUAUUCCAACGAAGAUGCUCCUGCUUCUGCUUUCUUCAGCCUUCAUCAGCCCCGGCUUUGCCCUCAGCUCCCAUUUCAGCUCAGAUGGCGCUGCACUGAGUGAGCUGUCCUGGUCGUCCUCCCUGGCUGUGGUGGCCAUCUCCCUGUCGGGCCUCUUCACCUUUGUCUUCCUCAUGCUGGCCUGCCUCUGCUGCAAGAAGCGCAAGAUGGGAUUUAAGGAAUUCAAAAAUGUGGACGGGGAGGAGUACCAUGCAGACAUGUCCACCUUGGCCUCGCCGGCCUCCCAGGGGAGCCCCGACGUCUACAUCCUGCCCCUGACGGAGGUGUCCCUGCCGGUCGCCAAGCAACCAGCCCGAUCGGAACUGAGGACAAACUGCUGUGUCUUCCUGGAAAUACCUGUGCUGUACAUCCAGCUCCUGAAAUCCACUGACCUGAGUCGGCACAACGUUCUGUACCUGAAGGAGAUCGGGAAUGGCUGGUUCGGGAAGGUUCUGCUGGGGGAGGUGAACUCGAGCCUGAACCCCACCCAGGUGGUGGUGAAGGAGCUCAAAGUGGGCGCCAGCGUGCAGGACCAGAUGCACUUCCUGGAGGAGGCCCAGCCCUACAGGGCCCUGCAGCAUCCUGCUCUGCUGCAGUGCUUGGCCCAGUGCACAGAAGUCACUCCCUACCUGCUGGUAAUGGAGUUCUGUCCACUUGGGGAUAUGAAGGGUUACCUCCGGAGCUGCAGGUCUGCAGAAAGCAUGACCCCAGAGCCGCUGAUUCUCCAGCAGAUGGCCUGCGACAUCGCCUCAGGACUCUUACAUCUGCACAAACACAACUUCACUCACAGUGACCUGGCUCUGAGGAACUGCUUGUUGACUGCUGACGUCUCAGUGAAGAUUGGAGAUUAUGGCCUGUCCCACACCAAGUAUAAGGAUGAUUACUACGUGACGUCGGACCAGGCCUAUGUGCCGCUGCGCUGGAUCGCUCCAGAGCUGGUGGAUGAGGUGCACGGAAACCUGUUGGUGGCUGAUCAGACCCAACAGAGCAACAUCUGGUCUCUGGGUGUGACCAUCUGGGAGCUGUUCGAGUUGGGCAACCAGCCCUACAGACACUACUCUGACAGACAAGUACUGACCUACGCUGUGAGGGAGCAGCAGCUCCGACUGGCCAAACCACUGCUCCAAGUGCCGUUGGCUGAGCGCUGGUAUGAAGUGAUGCAGUUCUGUUGGCUUCAACCUGAUCAGAGACCCAAUGCGGAGGAAGUCCACCUACUCCUGAGCUAUCUGUGCGCCAAGGGGGCUAGUGAGGCUGAGGAGGACUUUGAAAGGCGCUGGAACUCCCUGCGUCCUAACCCUGGAUUCAACAGCCACCAUGGUGCCUCUGCGAUGCCACGAGACCACCCAUCCUCCUCCUCAUUCCCUCUCCUUGAGCAGUUCUCAACAGGUGAUGGCUAUCACUCAGAGUGUGGGGAUGAUGUACUAACUGUCACUGAGACCAGCCAUGGCCUGAACUUUGAGUACAAGUGGGAGCAAGCCAGGGCAGACCAAUCGUACAGGACUCCAGACUCCUCAAGCAUUGUGGGUCAAGUCAACCAGCACUGUCAGGAAGCCUUUUACCCACCAGGGGGCAUUAUGGGAGGCUGCCCCAUGGAGAAUAUCAGCCUUGGAGUUUCUCCUCCGUACUACCAACCCAAACAUCUCCAUGCUCCAGGUGUACUACCUGUGCUCAGUGCCCACAGCCCCUCAGUGAGCAGUGAGUAUUACAUCCGCAUUGAAGAGCCGGUGGACUGUAACAUUGAUCCAGAUUUCACGUGCUCCUACAGUCCAGACUACCACGGCAGCAGCGGGAGCUUUCUUACUGGCAGUGCAGACUCAGGGGAGUGCAUGGCUUGUCCAUCCAAGAACAUGGGUCCUUAUUGGUCAGCAGACGUCCAUAAGUCAGAUGUGUACGACUCCAGCGACUCCAGCCCUGCUAUCUCCCUGACAAUGGAACCACUUUUAGGGCAAGUGUCAGACAACAGCCCCCUACGACCCUGGGAGUCCAGCCACUACGUGUCCUAUAAAGACAGAGAUGGGGGCUACUACUAUGAACAUUCGCCACCCCUGGGAAUAGGUCGCUAUCUAAUUGGAGGUGAACGCUGUGGUGAACAUCACCAGGAAAGCUGGGGGUCCAGAAGUCUGCGCCAGGCUUUGGGUGAGCUGGGAGACCCACUAGGUACAUCCUCCUCUGUACGCAGUCCGCCUCGGCAGGCCUACAGGGACGCCUACCUGGACACGAGUCAGACCUCCAUCCUAGGAAAGAACAUCACUGGAGGCUACUACGACAUGAUGGGCUCCUUGAGGAAAACGAUGCCGAGUCACAACAGGCACAACAACCACUCGAUCAGCAUCAACAUGGAGACUGAGGGGGUGCGCUUCAUUGGGCACAGAGACAGUGAUUCAGAGGAAGAGGAGGACGACGACAUUUUUGUCGAGAGACACACCUGCAACACUUGGCCCUCAAAACAGCGCCACAACAGCACGAGUCACCACAGACGAGCCAGCCACAGCUGCAGACGGGACACAUACAUAGAUUUCCACUACACCAUGCCCAGUACAGACAUCGAAGACUCCUGGCCAGAGGAGCAAAGCCUGGUAUUCCGCUCUUUACCAAAACCCAUUGACUACCUGGAGCCCCACCAGGCCAAAGACAACAGUGCCUGCCUUAGUCUGAGCAAACACCACUCAGUGGUGCCUUCAGACAACUGCAACGCCUACAUUUACUUGUGCCAUGAGGGUGAAACUCAGGUGCCUACACCUGGAGACUGCUGCCACUCACAUUUUGUUGAUCCACUCACCGGUUUGCUAGUCAGGAACAACAGCUACACCCAUAGCUACAGUCACGACUACGUCAGAGAUAAGCUCAUUGAUACACCAAACGAGGAAAUGAUCAAUCUAUCACCAGCUCCGGGGGGGCCCAUUGUAGCCAAACCAGCCUUGACCAAGACAGAGGAGGGUGGAGAGACAUAUGUUGACCUCACAGCUGAAGAAAGCCCACUCAAAGAAUGCCAGGACGUCGUUAAAGAUAAUCUAAUCAUGCAAAAACUAGAAGAGGUGAUCCUGACAAUGACCAAAAUCUCUCCACCUCCUGCUGACAACAUGCAUGUGAUGGUGGCACUGGCAGAUCCACAGUCAGAGUUCAGUCAAACUGCCGACAGCGGCGUGGACCAUGGAGGCUCCAGUGUGAGCCUGGCUGACAUCCUGGACUGCAGUGAUGUUGAUGAUGAGGACGAUGACAUCACAGACGAUACUACUGACGUUACCUCAGGCAUCUUUGCUGAUGAAUCCAGUGAAGUGAAUGCCUCUCCUGCCUUGAAGUCAUUACAGAAGCAGGCAGGGACGCCGGAUUCCACUGAUUCCAUGGACCUACCAUCAGCAGUUGGCUCCUGUGAAGGCUUCAGCCCUGUGUCCCACCCUUCCAGCUCGCCUAAAGCUAUGGACAGUGGCUAUGACACAGAAAAUAACGAGAGCCCAGAGUUUGUACCCAAAGAGCCUCAUGAACCUCGUGAACAAACUUUGGUCAAGUCUAAACUUGAUGCAAGCCAGGAAGAGGAAGAGAUCAUGGAGGAGCCAGAGGUCAAGGCUGAGGUGGUUCCAACAGAGCCCAAACCAUCACAGGACGAAGUUCGUCAGACAGCUGAACCCAUCCUUCAGCCACUGAGUGAGAAGACUCCCUACAGAGACUCUGCCUACUUUUCUGACAAUGAGAUUGAAAGGCAGUCUAGACAAGAUGAGGAGCUGCCAGAGCAAGAUAUGGAAGAUAUAGAAGAACAAAUGGGAGAGAAAAAGGGCGAGAAAAGGAAGAAUAAAGACUUUGAUGACUUAAACAGUUUAUCAAACAAAGACAGAAAACUUGAAAUGCAACAAACAUUAGCAGAAGGAGAAUUACCUUCUUCAUCAGAGACAGAGGCAGACUUGAAAGAAGAGUGUAUUCAGGCCGAUGAGGAACUGGGGCCUUCAGUAACAGAAGGACUGGAUGAGUGGCCAUCGCAGGAGGACAGCUCGUCUUUGGGGGACUGGGCUGCGGAGGUGGUAGGAGCCAUGGAGGAAGCCCUUGAUGCCCUGAAUGGAGACUGUAGCUUUGUCAAGGCCGAGGAAGCUUCAGAAGCAACAGAGGGCAAAUCUGACGGACAGUUACCCAAAGAUGAGGUGGCUUUACAACACACAACAGCCAGACGCUUCUCCUCCUCAUCUCCACCUCCUGCAGUCCCCACAGCGGGGGGCCGAGGGUCAGCAGCUGAUGGCGAAGACGCAGACAAGGAGGACGGCGAUACCGACGACAGCGAUGAGUCGGACGAGGAUCUGCGCAGCUACCCCGUGCAGGAGCAGAGUGGAGGCGAGGAGAGCGAGGACGAGUGCCACUCGGUGCCCGUGGUGGUGAGCGAUGACAGCGAAGCCCUCACGCUGCGCAGCCUCCUGAAGUCCGGGAGCCUGGAGGACGGGCCGGAGCGCCAGAGGAAGACCGUGUCCUUCUUUGACGACGUGACCGUCUAUCUGUUCGACCAGGAAAGUCCAACUAAAGAGUUGACGGAGCAUGGCUUCCCUUCAGAACCAGAGCGGCAGCAUUCACUGAGCAAAGCACAGGAGAGGGUCAGCGCCUCCGAAGACUCUUCAGACGGAAACGUCUCAGAAGAGAGCACAGGGUAUGAGUGGGACGAUGACUUUCCCCUGCUCCCACUGCCAACGUCCUCGGCGACGUCCGACUCCCCUCCUCCUCGGUCGCUCCCCAAGGCGCCGGACUCCAAACCAGCCGUGCAGUACUCACGCUUCACAGUCUCCCCCUCCAACAUGUCCCGCUUCUCCAUCACUCACAUCUCAGACUCAGAUAUGGACUCUGCUUGAGGAAGCAGCGGCAGAGACAAUCUGUGGACAUUACUUGGCCUGUACUAGCAUGACUCCUGAUUUAGUUGUGAACGUCAGGUUUUAGAAACAAGACAGUGCCUCUUAACCUCAGUGGACACUCCUGAGAGUAGGUUAAUAUAUAAUAUUUACAGAAUAUGAAUACAUGAAGUAUGAGUGAUGUAAACAACCUUUGGAAGCAGGGAAUACUUUAUGUAGAAUUCUGCAUAUUUAAAAUGCUCAGAGCAGUUGAGAACGUACCCUUUGGAACAUGUUCACCUCCUCCAUUCACUUCAUUUGUGACGUUUGUAUGGAACCACCUGGACCUGAAGCAAUCGAAGAGUGAAACCUGUGUUCAAUGAAGGACACGGCAACGUUGGACCUGUGGAGUGGUUGUACACACCCACAGACUCUGUCAUGCUUUACUUACACAUCGAUACGAUCCUUGAAUCAUCCAGAGACACAAGGGAGGCGUUGGUGAAGAGACUAACUGAACCUGGACAAACUGAUAUUUUGUGACUAUUUUCUUUUUUGUUUUAGGAACAACAGCUGAUCCCAUUUUCUGUGGCAAACUGAGCGUCGGUACCUCCAUCACAAUCAACCUUCAAACACUGAAGUGAGGUUUGAUGGUUUAACAGUGCCUGGUCAUCAGUUGGACGUUCAAGUUUUCAACCAGAAACAGAUACAUUCACAUAAACUCAUUAUUCAUGUUAGAUGUCCAUGAGAAGAAAUGUGGUUUUACACUGAGACAGUGUAGAGAGGGAAACAAACAUUCUGAUAGACAUGAGCCAGUAGCGUUGGGCAAUAUGGGCAUAGUGUGAUAACGACACACCCAGUAUAGAUAGAUCCAACAGAACCAGGUCAGUUCUUCCACAGGCCACGCCAGGAGACGUCUACCUGAACCUGGAGCCCAGUGAAGCUAGCGCACCUGCAUGGCUUUGGCUGCACCUCACCCUCCUGCUCAUCCUACUGUACCUGUAGGUUUCCUGCACCUCUGCACCAAAAAUGCAUUGAAGCAUUUACAGCUCAAACAUGAGGACUCUGCUGACGAGAUAAUAAUACAUAGAUAAUACUGUACAGACCCUGAGGGAGAGGUUUUCCAGGCAUCUGCUGCUCAUGUUCCAUCCACUGACCCACUGUGGAUACCCACUCUAGUGAGCCAUGUCUCACCCUUUUUUAAUGAGCCACUCUCUGAACAGUAAUGCAAAGAUUCUGUAGAUCCAACGACCAGGAAGCGGCUUUGCUACAGUUAAAGUAGCACCGGCAACAAUAACAGCGAAUACUCGUACAAUCUGUGAUCCUGAAGCAAUAGACAGCUUUGUAUACAUGUUUGUGUUGUUGGUACUGUAACGUAUUGCCCAACCCUACAGGCCAAUAUAUCGAAAACAUAUCUGCAAAGCAGUGUUCAAACACUGUUAAAGUAUAUUUUUGUCCCAACUUACUGGAUUUUUGCACAUGUAAAUGAGCUUCAGCCCGUUUCCGUCACUGUUUCCAUCACUCGCUGUACAUUGGCUGCACUGAGCUUCUCUGGAUCCGUUUGUACUUUAACACCGUUAUUAGAAGACGGGCUGUUAUGAUUCAUUAUAAUUUGGUUCAUUUCUUGAAAUAAAUGUAAUACCUACAUCCAAACAGUUAAGUGGCAAAGUUGAGCCUCCACGCAGAUCAUCUCACUGUUGGGUCUGUGAUUCCUGUGAGUAAAUGUGAGGAAGCUACUGUUUGAAAGCCUCCAGGGAGCAGAUGCUCCCUUCAGACAGUCAACAGUGUCUCCGUUCGUCUCGAGGCUUUAAUAUUCUCCAUUGGCUUCGACAGCUGUCUAGUAUUUUUGUAUUUCAUAAGGAGAACUUGUACACCUGUGAAUGAGGGAGUCCAAAGAGAUGCACUGUGGUUCGGGUCCAGAAUCGCUGGUUCUGACUUUACCCUAAUGAAGAGUGGCAACACCUGGGAGAAAUCAGCUCCACACACACCUGCUCCGUCUUUACUUCUGUACCUUCUAUCAAAUAUGAAUAAAGUCUGUUUUACACAUCUGAA